AUGUUGAUUUUAUGGAUAAGUACAGACAAGCCUGAGCAUAAUAAGGUUCAUAAAGACCGUGCGCAUCUGCCUGUUGACAAAGCACCAGAGGAGGCGCUUAAACAAGGUGGUGACUCUCAAGGACUAGAUGCAGCCUAUAAGUACCACGCGGAAAAUCCAAUUCCAAGACCAGUGGUUAAUGCUCCACAAUUUCCAAAUGUCCGCCUACAUCCGCCUAUCGAUAAAGAUCCGGCAUGUUGUUGUGAUGCAUCUCUUUCGUUAGCCUUCUUUUUUCACUCUUCAUUAUUCUUGUGUCUGGAUAAUGAUGAUCAAAUGUAUAAUAUCCCCUGUGAACUUAACAAAAUUAAUUGUAGAGGUUCUUAUAUUCUUAUCGGACUGCUGCCUUUAGGUUUAUUCUAUAAACAUUUACAGCAAUAG